UCUAAAGUAUAAUAUAUUACUUGUAUUCACAGAUCGCAUUACGCGAUAAUGAGGAUUUUGUACAACCGAGAAAGAUAAUAGCGAAAAUACUUCAGCAUAUGAAAGCAGCGAGCUGUGAUGUCUAUAUUAUAUUGAUAGCUAACGGACUGCUAACAUCACGCUUUUUGCAGUAUGUCGAAAGGGAACGUCUGAUCAACACACGUGGUUACUUUUUACUUCUGUACGAUAAUCGGUUGUUUCGACCCGAAUUGCAUUACAUCUGGAAUCGAAUCGUUAAUGUGAUGUUCGUACGACAAUACGAUACGUACAAGUAUCGUUCGGGCGAACAGCUGAUCUACGAAAAAAUCGAUCUCAAUACCGUCUAUUAUCCGUCGCGGACGAAAGAUCUUACAACAAUCAGAUACAUCGAUACGUGGCAAAACGGUAAAUUGCGUUACGGCAAUGAUCAUUACGUAUCGAAAACCAACAAUCUUCACGGCAGCGCUUUGCGAGUUGCGGUAUUCGAACACAUACCGGCCGUGACGGAGGCGUCGCGAGAUUACUAUCAACAUAGCAACACAAAUUCUAGCAGAGCUUUAGGUAUCGAAUUCGAAUUACUACGAGUCAUAGCAAAGGCGAUGAACUUCAAACCAAAUUACUACAUGCCCUCUGACAUUGCGAGCGAGAAAUGGGGUAAAGUAGGGGAUAACGACAGUUACACGGGUCUUCUCGGCGAAGCGAUCGCCGGAAAUGCCGAUUUCUUCCUUGGAGAUCUGCAUUACACGAUACAUAAUCUGAAUUAUCUCGACCUAUCCACACCAUACAACACGGAAUGUCUAACUUUCCUAACGCCGGAAUCAUUGACGGAUAAUUCGUGGAAAUUACUGAUACUACCCUUCAGACUGAACACAUGGAUCGCACUUCUUUGUACUCUGUUAAUAGGCGGUGGAGCCAUCCACAUUUUCGCAUUGUUUUAUCUGAAGCACAUAAGCUCGCUUACGUGUUUAAAGCGCGAUGAAACAAAUGACAGUACGAACAGUCUGUACCUGUUUACCGAGUUUCAGAACAGCAUAUUGUACAUGUACAGCAUGUUGCUUCAAGUCUCUUUGCCACGUUUGCCAAAUGCCUGGGCAGUAAGAAUUUUUAUUGGCUGGUGGUGGAUCUACAGCAUUUUGGCGUCGGUCACUUAUCGCGCCAGCAUGACGGCCACCCUCUCGCAUCCUGUCGCCAAGGUAACCAUCGAUACUUUGGCUCAGCUAACAAGAUCGUCGCUGGCGGUGGGAGGAUGGAACGAAAAGAGCAAGGAGUUUUUUCUCACUUCUUCGGAUCCGCAAAGUCAGGAGAUCGGAAACAAGUUCGAGUUGACGGAAAACGAGGAAGAUGCCGUUAAUCAGGUGGAAAACGGGACGUUCUGCUAUUACGAAAGCUCGUAUUUAUUGCGACACAUUCGCGGAAAACGGAUUUUCGAGAAUGGAAAUGGUCAUCGGAACAAGAGCAAGAAAAACACUGAGUCGCCAAUGAAGUACAAUCUGCACAUUAUGGAAGAAUGUUUUGUUCAUAUGCCGAUCGCAUUAGGGUUGGAAAAGAAUUCUCCGCUGAAACCACAUGUGGAUUUAUGGAUAAGACGGUUGACAGAAAUCGGUUUGGUGCGCAAGUGGUUGAGCGACGUUAUGGAAGAGUCGAAGAUCAAUGAAUUUCAACAAAAACUUGAGUCAGAAAAAGCUUUAGUAAACUUGCGCAAACUGUACGGGGCUCUCAUUGCUCUCCUGAUCGGUUAUUUUCUUAGUUUUCUCGCUUUAAUUGGUGAAAUUAUACAUUGGAAAUAUGUUGUUUUAAAAGACCCAAAAUACGAUAAGUAUCAUCUCGAUAUAUUUUACAAAAGUAAAACUACUUUUAAAACUUGAUGCACUUAAUGUAGUCUUAUUUUUAUCUUGCUUAGAUUAAUAAGACAGAACAAUGUCUUACAAUUUAUGAAAUGUGUAUAAAUAUUCAUAGGAAAAUCUUAAUAUAAAUCUUACUAUAAUUAGCGAUAUAAAGAGUGAAAUAAAGAUAAUAUACAUGUACAUAUAUGUAUAUUCGCGUGUAAAUAUGUAACUAAAAAUAAUUUAUAUAUAAUAAUGCGUACAUCUGUCUUUUUAUUUCUCUUACUGAAAAUCAAUGAAAAUGUCUGAACAUGCCAAUACUUACAUGGUUGACUUGACUUCUCAGUGAAUAAUAAUUUUCGCUAACGUAGUAUCCAUAUCUUUAAAUAUAAUAAAACGCAAGAGAAAGAGAAUCUAACGAUUAUUCUUCACGAGCGAAUACAAGUUACAAUAACAACGUGUUUACAAAAACAUUGAGGACUGAACUGCGUAACAAUUUAUAUACGACGUAUACUAAUAUUAUA